GUGCGCACUGGAGCUCCCUUCCCUCCCAUUCAUAAAAAAGCCAUUUUCCCAGGCAGUGGUUGCAACACCGCCGCGGAGGCAGCGAGAGGAGCUGACAGCGCGGAGCUGGCGCUGCGGUGCGCAAGGAGUCCUAUCGGUUUCUCCCGCCGACGUCUGCGUGAACAGCGGCGUCUGACCCGCCCGGGUUCGGGGAUUUACACAAGCGUGGAGCAAUGCUUGUGGUUCUUCGGCUCCUCAAAGGCCCCUAGAAGCUUGUUCCUCUGCACAGUCCAGGACCUCCAGCCCAAUGGAGCCCCCGAUCCCACAGAGCGUCCCCUUGACUCCCAGCUCAGUCAUGGUCCAGCCCCUACUUGACAGCCGUAUGCCCCACAACCGCCUCCAACACCCACUCACCAUCCUCCCCAUCGACCAAAUGAAGACCAGCCAUGUGGAGAAUGACUACAUAGACAAUCCUGGACUGGUGCCCCCUAUUGGCCCUAAGCGGACCCGGGGUGGGCCCCCAGAGUUGGCCCCGACGCCUGCCCGCUGUGACCAGGAUGUCACCCACCACUGGAUCUCCUUCAGUGGGCGCCCCAGCUCCGUGAGCAGCAGCAGCAGCACGUCCUCUGACCAGCGACUCUUAGACCACAUGGCACCACCGCCUGUGGCUGAUCAGGCUUCCCCAAGGGCAGUGCGCAUCCAGCCCAAGGUGGUCCACUGCAAACCACUGGACCUCAAGGGCCUGGCAGUGCCCCCCGAACUGGACAAGCAUUUCUUGCUAUGCGAGGCCUGUGGGAAGUGUAAGUGCAAGGAGUGUGCAUCCCCGCGGACACUGCCCUCCUGCUGGGUCUGCAACCAGGAAUGCCUGUGCUCCGCCCAGACCCUGGUCAACUACGGCACCUGCAUGUGCCUGGUGCAAGGCGUCUUCUACCACUGCACCAACGAGGACGAUGAGGGCUCCUGUGCCGACCACCCCUGCUCCUGCUCCCGCUCCAACUGCUGCGCCCGCUGGUCCUUCAUGGGGGCCCUCUCCCUGGUGCUGCCGUGCCUGCUCUGCUACCUGCCCGCCACCGGCUGCGUGAAGCUGGCCCAGCGCGGCUACGACCGCCUGCGCCGCCCUGGUUGCCGCUGCAAGCAUACGAACAGCGUCAUCUGCAAGGCAGCCACGGGGGACGCCAAGGCCAACAGACCCGACAAGCCCUUCUGACGCUUCUGGUCGAAGCCCCCGCACUGCCCCUGAAAACCUGGUUCCCUUCUGACACCUGAGAAGACCACAACGAGGCCAGAGGCUUUAGUGUCCUGAGGCUGACCUUGCUGGUCUGCCCACUCCCCACCCUCAGCUUCUGAAGAUAUGGAGACACCACUGCCCACCCUCUCUUUCCCGAAAGGAUGAAGAAGCACUUUGGGUUUUUGUUUUUCGUUCUUUUGGUUGUUGUUUUUUUUUUUUUUUUUUAGGGUCCUGGAACUCUGGCAGACAGACAGUGGCAGGGGUGUGGUGUGGUGGGGGUUGGGGAGGGUUCCUUUUCAGAAGACAGAACACAGAUGUGGACACAUAUCCGGAAGUUGCAGCUGCUUGAAUGCCUUCCCAGUCCCUCCCCCCUCUCUCCCCACUCUUCCAUUCUCUCGCUGCUGGGGAGGAAUCAUUAACUGAGUGACCAGGACCUCUGAAGAAGACGCUUGGAACCCUGAUGUCCGUACUUCUCUCCCUGCCAACCCCAGGUUGCCCCCAACACCCUGGGGAAGGUGAAGACCCUGGCAAUCCCUGUUGUAUAUACUUGGGACCCCCUUAAGAGCAGAGGCUCAUUCCCUACUCUGCCUCCCUAGAGCCGCAGAUGGAUUUUAGGAGCCACUACAGAGCGCAUUUCUCCCUUCCAGCUUCAUCACUAACUGUCAGGGGUGUUUGCUCAUAACACCAUCCUCCGGUUCUUACCGAGUCACAGACUCACCUGCCACUAUGAGUCCCGAGUUCUCUCUGCCCAGAUCCUUUCCAGAAAUUUUUAUGGGUAGAGAAGGCCGGGGCGGCACAUGCGAGACCAAAUAUAAUUUUGCCAAUGAGUCUGAGGCUGUGGUCUCUGGAUCCAGUCAUUACGUUUUUUUAGAACAAUUAAACCAGAUGCUGUAAUGGUGUUUAAAAAAUAAUAAUAAUAAUGAAACACUUGCUUCCUUUUGGGCUACCCCCAGGAAGGGCUGAUUUCAAAAUCUGGGGGACGAGCAACCUCAAGGAACACAAUCCCCCUUCCCACCAAGAAGAGGAUUUUAAGAGCAAAGAAGAGAGGCAGCACCUCCCAUUGGCAGAGUGACAGUAGAGCCGAGCUGGGUGUGGGCUCCUUCUCUUGUGAUUCUGCUGCUUGCUGUCAUAGCCUUUUGUGUACAGUGAUGUGUCUGUAUCUUUAAUGUAAAUAGACAGAUGAUGAAAAAAAAAAAAAGUCUAUUUUAGUGUUAGGAGGCCCUGGCUGAGGAGUAAGAACAAGGGGGCUGGGGAUUCUCCAGGGGCUUCUUGGGAUUGAGCCCUGCUUCCCUGUGUGGCCACACUACCCCCUCCCAACAGUCCCCAAAGACAUAGCAACUCACUCUCUCAAGGUGCUAAAGGACUGGAAGUGCAGCACGUCCAGUGGGUAGGUACUUGUUGCAUGCAAAAGCUAUAUUGUGUGUGGUCCUCCCUCUCCCCCAGCUGUUGUGCAGGGGUUUUUGCUUCGUGUGAUAUUCUGUGUGUUGUCCCACCCCCAUGAGAGGACAUGGCCUGGGUCAGAAAAGCUACCCCAGGUGAAACCAGAAGUGCAGCAGACAGACAUUUUGUAGCAUUUCCAGUUUGUUCUGUAAGAGAGAACCACCUCCAGGAAGGAGGCAAGGAGGCAGGUAGCUGUGAUUGGCAUGCACCCAGUGCUUCUCAAGGACUUUUUUUUUCCUUCUUGAAGACUAGUUGUAAUAUCUUAUGAUUUAGAAUAAGUUAAUCAUAACCGUAGGUAUUUAUUGAUUGGAGGAAAGGAGGGGAGGGUCAUAUUAUUUUAGGCUUUAUUUAUAUAACAUUUGCUAGCUUGUAAAAAGUAUGAAAUAUUGCGUCUAUGUUUUCUAAGGCUGAUUCACAUAGCCACCCUUACCAUAGUCGUGAUGGAUGUAUGGAUGUUCUUGCACAAAUAGGAGGGAAUGGUAGGAAAAACACAUUCAGCCAACCACUUAAAACUAAUUGAAUGUAUCAGAUGUGUACUAAAGGGACUGGAGAUGUUUUCCUCAGAAUAUGUGAGCAGAGGUUACCCCCCAAAGGGAAGGGCACACGUCCACUCUUGGCAAGGCCUGAGAACUUUUCCCAGAGCCCCUCUCAAAUGUCUCCAUGGGAAACUUGACCCACUGCAAGUUGCACUUCAGUGAUCUUGGUGUUCUACACACCCAUUCUGUGGAGAAUUGAUUUACAUAAGCUGUGUACACACACAAACACACACACCCCCACACACCCCUACUCCACCAACCCUCUAUCUACACAGACCCUGUUUCUGAACAAACAGCCUCCUGACCCCUGAUGAACCCUGACUUUUUGUGUACAUAGUUGUAAGCAUGGAUUUUUCUAGUUUGGGUUUUCUUUUUUUUUCUUCCCUCUGUUUUGCCUUGUUAUUUUUGGUUUGCAUUUAACCUGCUAGAUGGAUGUGUGCCGAGCUCCCGGUGUCCCCUGUGCUCAGUGGUAAAGGGAAGCGGUGAAGCAGCUUUGGUUCUCCCAGCUCUGUUGCAGGGCAAGUCCUCAGCAUGUUUUUCUCAGCUUCUUGGCAAAACAAAACAAAACAAAACUGGCUUGCCCAUGGGCCCUGGGGGCCGGUCAAGGGCCACUAGGGACAAAACUCUCAGAAUCACGACACAUUUCUCUGGGUGCUUCUGGCUGAUUGUGUUCCAUCAGCAAUGGCUUGCUUGGCUGGAUUAUGCCUCAUCUGAACCUUUUCUAAAAAGAGCCAGCUGGUUCCCACUUCUGUUCAACCUGGGGUUAGUGGUUGGCCUGCGUGGAAUUGGGGGUAGGGUCCACAAGCCUGGGUCCAGGACACAUGUCCUAGUAAGACAUGGCUGUUUAUGAAGGCCCAACACUCCAAGAAGCACCCUGAGAACUGACUCUAGGAUAGCCAAGACCUUCUGGACAGAUGUUGGGGUGCAACCAAGGCUUUUCACAGUCCCUGGCUGGAAGGAGGUAAAGACCAAUCUCCGCUGCUGGUAUGGGCCCCUUCGCAGCCAGCAGAAGUGGAAGACCUUCAUGUGACAACAUCUAGUUCUUCCAGCAUUGUGGAGUCUGCGUGGAUCCCCAGUGAACAUCGAGUGGGGCCCAGUUAGCUAAUGAGUGGCUGAAGUUUGCACAACAUGGAAGGUAUUGGUCAGGAGCAGACACCCAGUUUCUGUCACUUCGAAACUUCAUAGUGUCCCCCGCUGCCCCAGGAGAUGGCUGAUGGAAUCUGGGCAGCAUGACUUUGCACUGUACAAUUCACUAGGGCAUCUCCCAAGCUUCACUGGCCUUCUGGUUCAUGCCUUCGGUAAGCAUUUCCAUGCCCUCUGCUUACUGUGACAGUUGAUGACAAAUCUUGUGCUGCCAUUUUUGCUGUGGGUAACUGUGUGGUGUCCUAUCUUGCUUUCUCUUCUCACUGCCCCACAGUUUGGUUUUGUGUUACAAACAGAAAAGCUGUUCAAGGUUCCCACCCCACUACCUUCCUAUUUCACGUUCCCUCUUCACUGUAGCUCCUUCUCACCCUACAACAAAAAUUACCACAGAAGGUUUCCUUUGUAUAGAAUAUUUAUUUUGAAGCUCUAUUUUAAUAGUAUUUAUUUUAGAAAGUCUACUAUUGUAAGAGUUCUUCUGUUUGUGAAGAAAAAAGCAAGUUAAAAACUGAAUGUACUGAUCUAGAAAAUAUAUAUAAAUAUAUAUUGUUAAAUAUA